AUGUUUGUAAGACAUUGUUUAUCUAUUCGCUUUGUUCAAAUUUUAUUUAAUAAUGAACAUCAUUUAAGAUAUUUAUCAACUUAUAAAAAGAAAAUUUCAAUGAAUAAUCAAAAAAAAACUAAUCAACCAUCAAUUGCUUCUUUUUUUGCAAAAAAAGAUUCAUCAAUAAUAAAAACACCAAAAAAAGAAGUCGAACCACCAUCAAUUCGUAUAGAAAAUAAAGAACCAUUACAAUCUCCAUCAUCAGAUUCUGAUGAUAAAUCUUUAUCAUUUGUUCCAACAAAACGAGCAAAAAAACGUGUUUUAAGUUUUGAUGAAAGUGAUCAAGAUCAAAAAAGUAAUUCAUCAACAGAAAAUAUUAAAGAAACACCAACAAAAAUUGUUAAACAAAUGAAAAUUAUUGAUACAAAAGAUGAAAAUAAUAAAAUAAUUACUCAAAUUGAACAAACAACAACUAUUCCUAUCGAACAGCCAACAACUAUUACAAUCGAACAAAAAAAUGUUGCUGAUCCUCAAUCAUAUAAUCCUGGUAAAACAAAUUAUGAUCCAAUUAAUGAUGCUUGUUGGAAACUCGGUGACAAUGUACCAUACAGUGCAUUAUCAUUAACAUUAUUAUUAAUUGAAGAGACAUCAGCUCGUUUAGAAAUAAUUCGUAUAUUAUCAAAUUUUUUUCGUUCAGUUCUUAGUUUAUCAUCAAAUGAUUUAGUACAUUGUGUUUAUUUAUGUGUUAAUAAAGUUGCACCAGAAUAUGAUGGAAUUGAAUUAGGUAUUGGUGAAACAAUAAUUAUGAAAGCUAUUGCUGAUAGUACUGGACGUACUGUUGAACAAUUAAAAUCCGAUUAUAAAUCUAAAGGAGAUUUAGGUCUUGUUGCUGAAGCAUCACGUUCAACACAACGUACAAUGUUUAAACCAAAACCAUUAACUGUUUCACAUGUUUAUAAAAAAUUAAAAGAAAUUGCACAAUUAACUGGAAAUAAAAGUCAACAACGUAAAAGUGAUAUAAUAAAAAGUCUUUUAGUUUCUUGUCAAUCUCAUGAAAGUCGUUAUCUUGUUCGAUCAUUAAUUGGUAAACUUCGUAUUGGUUUAGCUGAACAAUCAAUGCUUGUUGCAUUAGCACAUGCAUGUAUUCGUAAUCAAUAUAUAAAUUUAAAAGAAACAACAUUAAAAGAACGUCUUGAUAAUGGUACACUUGCUGUUAAAGAUGCUUUUUGUCAAUGUCCAUCCUAUGAUAUACUUGUUGAUGUACUUGUUAAUAAAGGUGGUAUUGAAAAAUUAAAAGAUUUAUGUAAAGCAACACCUGGUAUACCAAUGAAACCAAUGUUAGCACAUCCAUCAAAAGGUAUUGAUGAAAUAUUAAAACGUUGUGGACAAAGUGAAUUUGCUUGUGAAUAUAAAUAUGAUGGAGAACGUGCACAAAUUCAUUUAACUGAAGAUGGAAAAAUUUAUAUUUAUUCAAGAAAUUCAGAAAAUAAUACAUCAAAAUAUCCAGAUAUUAUUGAACGAAUUCCUAAUGCAUUUCAAUCUCAUGUUAAAUCUUUAAUUUUGGAUGGUGAAUGUGUUGCUUAUGAUAUUGAACAGAAAAAAUUAUUACCUUUUCAAACAUUAUCAACAAGAAAACGAAAAGAUGCUGAUAUCAAAGAAAUAAAAGUUCAAGUUUGUAUAUUUGCAUUUGAUUUAUUAUAUUUAAAUGGUGAAUCAUUAGUUGAAAAACCUUUUCGUGAACGUCGUCGUUUAUUACAUGAAUCAAUUCGUUGUAUACCUGGUGAACUUGUUUUUGCUGAAUCACGUACAACAUCAAAUAUUGAUGAAAUAAAUAUGUAUUUGGAACAAUCAGUUAAAGAUGGUUGUGAAGGUCUUAUGGUUAAAACAUUAGAUAAUGAUGCAACUUAUGAAAUAGCUAAACGAUCUCAUAAAUGGCUUAAAUUAAAAAAAGAUUAUCUUGAUGGUGUUGGUGAUACACUUGAUCUUGUUGUUAUUGGUGCUUAUACAGGCACAGGUAAACGAACCGGUGUUUAUGGAGGAUAUUUAUUAGCAUGUUAUGAUAAAGAUAAUGAAGAAUAUCAAUGUAUUUGUAAAUUAGGUACUGGAUUUACUGAUGAAUUACUUGUUUCACUUGGUAAAUCAUUAGAACCACAUAUAAUACCAAAACCAUUGGCUUAUUAUCGUUAUUCUUCAUCAUUAGCACCAGAUGUUUGGUUUGAUGCAGUCAAAGUUUGGGAAGUUAAAUGUGCUGAUUUAUCUUUAUCACCUAAUCAUCAUGCAGCUAUUGGACUUGUUGAUGAAGGAAAAGGAAUAUCUCUUCGUUUUCCUCGAUUUUUACGUGAAAGAGAAGAUAAAUCAGUUGAAGAUGCAACAAGUGCUGAACAAGUUGCUGAUCUUUAUCGUAGACAAGAAAAAAUUAAUAAAAUGAAUGCUGAUAAUCAAGCAGAUGAUGAAGAUGAUAUGUAUUAA